AUGCCUGCCCGCAACCCCACCGGCUUUGACGUCGGCCAGUUCAAGGCCGCCGCCUCCCCGUCUUCCGUCUACGCUAAACGGGAUCCCUGGGCUCGCCACGAGGCCUGGCGCUAUACCGGCCCCUUUACCCGCUGGAACCGCUUCAAGGGCCUCUUCCCCGGUCUGGGCAUCGCGACUGUCGCCUUCACUGCCUACUGCGCAUACGAGCACUUCUUCAUGAAGGACGACCACCACCACGGUGACGCCCACGGCGAGGCCCACCACUAG